UGAGCAGGUGCAUGUUGGCAAUGGAGCAGAAUGUUGCCCGGCUAGAGAGGAGAAUCACCCUGGGAGCCUGGAGCAGAGAGAAAUCACCAGUUCCUGUGGACAAGAUCCAAACCCCUGAGGGUAAAUGCGAAGUGGAUGCAUACAGUGGUGCCUCUCAGGCAGCCGUUCUGGAAAAGGAACUGAAGUCAAAGAUGUUUCGGCUAAUUAUGAAGCUAAGUGACAAGGAGUCAUCGUCCGGGGAUGAGAUAGAUCUAGAGUCAACCGAGGGAGCUCAGGAGACCUCCUCUUGUGAAGAAGACCAUAAGCACAUUCAGGAUGAACUUGUGAGGAAGUACUCGGCCAUCUCGCUCUGCAGCAUUACGACAGAGGCACUGAAAGUCCUUGGUGCCACUGAAGACCUGAUUGAGGCUACACAGGAAGAUCGUUCACUGCCUGAUUCUUGUGAGGGUAGGAUACCUUCAGAGAAAGAAGCAACCAAACUUCAGGCACAUCUCUCCAAACUUGAGGAGAAUGUUUACAUAACAGCCGGCACUGUGUACAGUCUUGAGGGCCAGCUGAAUGAUCUGGAGGACUGUGCUCGUAGUAUUCACAGUAUAACCACGGAAACCAAGCUGGCAGAUCUGGAAGAUCAGGUGGCAACAGCAGCUGCUCAAGUUCACCAAGCCGAACUCCAGGUUUCGGACAUUGAGCGCAGAAUUUCAGCCCUGAACGUAGCAGGUCUGAAUGUGGUCUCCUGUGAGCGACUGCGGAAGAAACGUAACCUGCCCGAGGCAAAGGCUGAGACGAUUGAUUCUUCAAGGCAACAGAGGAGAAAGCUUCCUGCACCACCAAAACAAGGAGAGAGAUUCGACAACAUUGGGACAAUCAGCAGGAGUGGUUUGUUUCAAGAUAACGCAAAAACACAGAGCCAAAAGGAACCCGCAAUAACUAUCGCAAGUCCUGCAAAGUCUGCACCGUACUGAGAAGUGGACAGCAGGCUGACCCACUCACUGUCUAUGGUUGUCCAUAGUGCCUUGAUUCAUGGAAAGCUUUGCCCAGAUCAUGGAUUUACCACUACUCAGUUCCCUAGAAGCAGACUCUAACUGGAUACCUUCCUGGGUUCAUUCUGUAAUAAUUUCUGGAUUGUACCUUUCCUUUGGUAAAUCAAAUGUUUUGCCUUAAUUUCGAAAGAGACUUUUUCUGAAUGGCAACUAGUCUCUCUAACAUUGGUCCACAUUAAUUGAAAAAGCACUUUGGCGUAUUUGAUGUACAGAAUUUGUGGUGUUCAUGUAUGUGAUUUGUCUUUAUAUGAUAGCACAAGCUCAAUGUAUUUGGAGGCAGGUUUAUUUGUAAGUGAUUUGUCCACUGUAUGAUCUUAAUCAAAUGAGAAAUGGUUGCCCAAGUAGCCAAAAAUAUCCUGGGGUAUUCUGUACUUCUGCCAAUCCUGGGUUACUGGCUGUUCUUCAAUUCCCUGGUGUGACAGCAUUGUUGAACCAUUUUAUAAUCAUUAUUUUGAAGUGCAUAUUUGUUUUCAGAUAAAUAAUUGAUUUUAUUUUUAUAUAAAAGCACAUCAAACUUUCAACCAGAUUGAAUGGAUUGCAGAGCAGGGUCAUUGAGUGAUAUAUUUUUGUUGGUUUUUUGUGAAAGGCAGCACCUCUCUGUUACUGGGGCCAAGAUAAUAACCAGCAGAGGCAAGCAAAGAUCAAAACAUUUUUGGAGGAGUAUAGUUAGCUUCAGAAAAUUAACAAGAGCAAAUGGUAAAGAUUCAUAUUCUAGAUACAUUUGGAAUGUUGGAACAACUUAGUGUGAAUUGAAUGCUUCAUUGUGUUUAAUGCUGGGACAUGGGACUUUGGAUAGUAUAUGCACCUUGUGUUUCCACUGCACGUGCUGGACCAAGAAUGGGUUUCAGUCUCUGCAGUGAGAUCUGUGAUACCUUCAAAGGAGCCUGAACAGGGAAACUGAACUAGACAAAUGUAAGAAAAGCAGAUGUACAGGUCUUCACCAGGUUAUGAACACCUGACCUGACUUAGGUACAGACAUAAGAAAGUACCAACGAGUGGUAUGGAUCUGCUAGCUGUUCUGGAGAACACUGUUCAUGGUACUACCUGAAUAGUUGGGUUAAACACCCUAGUUCAAUUAUAUUACCCUCGCUUGGCCCAUGUUUUUAUUUAUAUAUAUCAUCGGUGGCUGCAUUUCCAAUUUGUAAACUGCUCACAUUAUGAGCCUUUCUGAGGAAUGGAGCCCUGUCAUAACCUGGGGAACAACUUCACUCUGACGCACCCCCUUUCAGAAAUACUUGUCAGAACACCUUACAUUUAUAGUGUAUCCUUUACAUAAAGCAAUCCAUGCAGGGACUGAAGGUAUUGUGGGGUGAUGAGAUUUUUGGAAGUAAGGGUCAAAUAACAAAUAGAUCAAAUGCCCUGCUAAUGCUGCAUCGAAGCAAGUCUCUCGGAUUUGAUGACUGCCGAUUGCACAGGAUGUUCAGUGGAGGAGUGCUGCAUCAGACUUCAUUGCCCAUCCCUGCUUUGCCUUGAACACUCCUUUUCCAGGAUCUUAGAACUACCCUCUUUUCUAGUUCUAGAAACUUUUCCAGAACUGCCCUCUUAGUUACAAAUCAACCACUUUAGCCAGGAAUGUUGUUUCAUGGGCCUCGGACCAGAUGAGCACCACAGAUUCCCUUCCCUGGAGCAUAUUAUUGUACCAGAUGGACUUUUAUGUCACUGAGUCCAGCUUUUCAAUUCCAGCUGAAAUUACAAAUAAGGAGUAGGAGAGAAGCGAGAGUGGAUAUCGGAUCGCUGGAAAAUGCUGCUGGAGAGCUAGUAAUAGAGGACGAUGAAUAACUAUCUAUAUCAGUCUUCACUAUGGAAGACACUUGCAGUAUGCUGGAAGUUUGAGAGCAUCUGGGGGCAAAAUUGUGAGAAGUUGCCAUUACUGAGGAAAAGGUUCUUGGGAAACUGAAAGGUCUGAAGUUAGGUAAGUCACCUGGACCAGAUGGUAUAAACCCCAGGGUUCUGAAGGAAGUGGUUGAAGAGAUUGUAGAGGAAUUAGUAACGAUCUUUCAAAAAUCUAUUAAUUAUAGCAUGUUUCUGAAGGACUAGCAAAUUGCAAAUGUAACUCCACUCUUCAAGAAGGGAGAGAAGCAGAAGAAAGUCCAGUUAGUCUGACCUCGGUGGUUAAGAAGAUGGUGGAGUCGAUUGUUAAGGGGGUACUUGGAGGCACAUGAUAAAACAAGCUGUAGUCAGCAUGACUUCCUUAAGGGAAAAUCUUGCCUGACAAAUCUGUUGAAAUUCUUUGAAGAAACAAGCAGGAUAGACAAAGGAGAAUUGAGAGAUGCUGUGUAUUUGGAUUUUCAGAAGAUCUUUGACAAAAUGACACACAUGAGACUAAUUAAUGAGUUAAUAGCCCAGCCCAUGGUACUACAGGAAAAACUCUUCUCUUUACGUUAUAUGUUAAUGACUUGAAUAACAGAAUUGAUGGCUUUGUUACAAUGUUUCUGAGUGAUAUAAAGAUAAUGGAGGGGCAGAUAGUUUUGAGGAAGUAGAGCGGCUACGAAAGGACUUGGGCACAGAAGUGUCAUAUGGCACACAGUGUCAGGAAGUAUGCAGUCAUGCACUUUGGUAGAAGAAAUAAAAGGGGCACUCUGAGGUGCAAAGGGAUUUGGGAGUCCUUCUGGAGGGUUCCCUGAAGGUUAAUUUGCAGGUUGAGUAGGUGGUGAGGAAGGCAAAUGCAACGUCAGCAUUCAUUUCAAGAGGACUAGAAUAUAAAAGCAAGGGUGUAAUGUUGAGACUUUAUAAAGGACUGCUAAGACCUCAUUUGGAGUAUUGGGAGUAGUUAUGAGCCUCCUAUCUAAGAGAAAAUAUGCUGACAUUGGGUGGUGUUCAUAGGAGAUUCACAAAGAUGAUUCUGGGAUUGAAAGUCAUGUCAUAUGAAGAACAUUUGAUAACUCUGGGCCUGUACUUACUGGAAUUUAUAAGAGUGAGGGGUGACCUCAUUGAAACCUAUCGAAUAGCGAAAGACAUUUACAGAGUGGAUUUUUCCUAUAGUGGGAGUCUAAG